AAUAAUGAACGAGAAAAAUCUAACACAGAAAAUCUCGGUUAUGAAGAAUCGGUAAUGUAUUUAUUAUGUUAUAAAUGCCAUUCUUGCACUGCCAUUGCACCCAAGAAUAAAAAACAAAGUCUUUACACCACUAUCGCAACCACAGAAACAAAACAAAAACGAGAUCACUGUAACCUCGGAACCUUGCCAUCUUUAAUUAUAAGACAAUCAAUAGCUUACAUGAAUAAAACUCCUAAAUACUCCACGACUGCUUUAAGACAUUUUUCCUUUACUUGA